UAUUAAAAUCAAAACACCCAACUUCCUUCAGCAGAGAGAAACUGACUGAAUUUUAGGACCAGAACAGCCUCCCCUCCUUUGACAGCUCCUCUUUUGAUUUCUUACUAACUCAUCACCCAUCCAUCUCCCUCUUUCCUCUCAUUUCCCUCUCUCCCUCUCUCUCUCUCUCUCUAGACUAUUCUCUCUUUAUAGGAAAGAAGCAGCACCUUCUCAAUAAACAAACCCCAAAAACCUAUCUUCCAUCUCUCUGUCUCUCUCUGUCGCUCUCUAAUCCAAGAAAAUAUUACUUUCUCUCUAUUUGUAAAUUGCUCUCCAUUUCCUCAUCUGGGUUUUGUCCCCAGACCAUCAACAGCCCAUAAAUCUCCCUCUCUCUCUCUCUAGUUGGGUUAACUUGAAAACCAGCUUACUUUGAAAAGCAGGGGAGAAAAAAGAUCGAAGCUUUUGCAUAGGAACUCUCUCUCUCUAGUUGGGUUCACUUGAAAACCAGCUUACUUUGAAAAGCAGGGGAGAAAAAAAGAUCAAAGCUUUUUUGCAUAGGACAUGGGACGCUAUCAGCGCCAUCAUCAGUGGAGAAAAGGUGAAAAGCAUACAGAAGAUGAUGAAGAGUCUCAGACCUUUCUAAUGGAGUUAGCAAACUCUGGUUAUUACAAAAGAACAAAUCCCAAGCUUCUCUAUCUCCUCUUCCUCUCUUUUCUCUCUUGCAGCUUCAUAUUGGCCCCUCAUCUUUUUAGCACCAACACCACCUUCUCUCUCUUAUAUUCGACAAUGGUAGAAAAUGAAGGCCUUGCUGCUGAAAUGGAUGUAAACAUUCCCUUGUGUUCUUCAAUCUCUAAUGGAACUAUAUGUUGUGAUAGAAGCAGUAUUCGUUCAGAUAUUUGUGUCAUGAAAGGGGAUGUGAGAACACACUCUGCUUCCUCUUCUAUAUUUCUCUACAGAUCUAAGGACGGAAGCAGCUUGAAAAAUUAUGUUGCGGGUGUUGUUGAGGAAAACGAAGAAGGCGAAACUGAGGAACUUGAGCACGAGAAGGUCAAACCGUAUACAAGGAAAUGGGAAAAAAGUGUCAUGGACACCAUUGAUGAAUUGCAGCUCAUUGCAAAGAAAGACACUCUAGGUAUGCACCAUCAGUGUGAUGUCCAACAUGAUGUACCAGCAGUGUUUUUCUCGACUGGGGGCUAUACUGGUAAUGUUUAUCAUGAAUUCAAUGAUGGGAUUAUGCCAUUAUACAUUACUUCCCAGCAUUUCAACAAGAAGGUUAUAUUUGUCAUGCUUGAUUACCAUAAUUGGUGGGUCACGAAAUAUGGAGACAUUCUUUCACAACUGUCAGAUUAUCCACCGAUAGAUUUUAGCGGAGACAAGAGAACUCACUGCUUCCCUGAGGUCACUGUUGGCCUGAGAAUUCACGACGAGCUCACCGUGGAUUCUUCACUGAUGGAGGGAAAUAUGGGCAUUGUUGACUUUCGAAAUCUUCUAGACCGAGCUUAUUGGCCUCGAAUUCGAAGUCUAAUUCAAGACGAGGAACGAGAAGCACAGGAGAAGCUUUCUGCAUCUUUGACAUCUGAAAGUCCUCUAGAAAUUGAGAAUGAAGUGCAAGAAGAUCAAGUGAAGAAGCCUAAACUGGUGAUUAUAUCUCGAAAUGGAUCAAGAGCCAUAACUAAUGAGAAUUUAUUGGUGAAAAUGGCUGAGGAAAUCGGGUUUGACGUGAAUGUUUUGAGACCCGACCCCACGACAGAGUUGGCAAAGAUUUAUCGGGCCCUUAAUGCUAGUGAUGUGAUGAUUGGGGUUCACGGUGCUGCCAUGACUCAUUUUCUAUUCAUGAAGCCUGGCUCUGUUUUUAUCCAAGUUGUUCCCCUUGGAACUGUGUGGGCAGCAAUGGAAUAUUAUGGGGAACCUGCAAGGAAGCUUGGCUUAAAAUACAUUGGCUACCAAAUUCUUACUAGAGAGAGUUCCUUAUAUGACAAGUAUGAUAAAGAUGAUCCUGUUCUUAGAGAUCCAAAGAGUGUAACCAAAAUGGGAUGGGAGUACACAAAGAAGAUCUAUCUUGAUGGUCAGACUGUGAGAUUAGAUCUUGGAAGAUUUCGCAAGCGAUUGGUUCGUGCUUACGAUUACAUGUACCAUAGACUGAACAAGCAUCCCCAUAUUCAAUCUCAGUAAUUCCGUGGUCUUUCUUAUUCUUUACCUUACAUAAAUCAUUUUGAAAGGUUGUAGAUGGCAUGAAAUGGCUACUAGGAAAAUAUGUUUGUACUUGGUAGAAGUUGUUGAAUAUAUGUGACCUAUGUACAUUAAGCUUUGCACAAAGAAACCGAUUUUUUGGUAAAUACUUUUGAUUUUGAAGCAACUAUAUACUUUUCUUCUAGGACCCUUUUACUAUUUGAUCUACUGUA